AUGUUCCUGUACGUGGCUACGAAGAAUGGAUGGAACGGGUCAUUGGAUAAGCAUCCGUUUCCGGAAAAGCCCGAGGAGUCGACCACCAACCGAGCUGGCACCAGUUCUAGAGGUACACAUGAUCGAGCAACAAAACGUAAGGCUUUAAAUACCAUAGCUGCUGUUGCACGCAAUGACACAAAUAUAUUAGACGAUGAUACCGAUGAUGAAUUUAAUGACACAAAAAAGAGAAAAUUUCAACAGGCAAAGAGGGCAGAAGAGGUGGCCAAAAAAGCCAAAGAGGCGCAAAUAAAUAAAUUCGAAAGCGACGAUAAAGAUUUAGAAAUGAUCGAAAUCGAUAAUAAUGUUCUUAAAGACAGACAACCUUCAGACUUAGAUCUCUUUGAUAAUUCAGAUUUACACAGUUUGCGCAAGAGUACACACAAUGAUAGCUUAAAAAAUUCUAACAUAAUAGAUGAUGUAUCACAGUAUCCUAUACGGGUAACACCACCUAAUCCUUCCAAAAAAAGUUACAAGGGUCCAAGGGCAAAGAAUAAAAAAAAUGCUUCAUCAGAAACAAAUAGUAUAACAAAAAACAAAAGUGGAAUAAGUGAAGAAGAAAUAGCAAAAUUAAUUCACACUAUUGAUGAGGAGACAGGGGAAAAUAAUAGUGAAUGCAUUGAUAUAACUGACGAAAUAAAGCCGGCGCCAAUAUCAAGGACGCAAAGUAAAUUGCAAAUAGCACAGGCAAGCUUAAAGAAAAUUCGUGAGGAAGAAAAUGAGCGAAAGAUAAAACUUGAAGAAUCCAAGAAAAAAAUUGAAAAAGAGGAGGCGCAAAAAAAAAACGAAGCUGUUAAAAAACGUUUGAAAGAAAGGGAAGAGAAACAAAAACUUGAAGAAGAAAAAGCGAAAAAAUCUUUGUCAAAAGAAAAAUUUUAUAAUAAUGUAUUGAAUUCAAAGCAGCAAGGCAUGGUCACGAGAGCUAAUUACAAAAAAGAAACUGAGACAAAUUAUGAUGAAAUGGAUGAAGAUGUUCUAUUGGCGGGUGAUGAUGACGAGCCACUGAUAACAAAUGUUGUUACAAAGAACCAAUGUCCUAUUUGUCAAAAGUCAUUUCCAGCAAAUGAAAUUGAAGAACACGCUUCUGGGUGCAAUGCGUUUGACGAUCAAGUUGUUAGCCUUUCUGAGCCAUCAACCAGUAAUGAAGCUCGUUUAUCUUGUAAUAUUUGCAAAAACUUUACUACUGAUGACGGUAUUACUUUUGAAGAACACAUAGCGUCAUGCAAACAAGAAGCAAAUAAUAAAAGGACGGGAAUUUACGUUUAAGAAUAAAACAAUUUUU